AUGGAACGCGACGAUGUUCCAGAAAAGAUCAUUCGACUCAAAAAGGCAUUUUAUGAGCGUACGUCGGUGCAAGUUUGUAAAUAUGGGGAAAUGACAGACUCAUUCGAAACAAGAUUAUGUCCUUUCCCUUACAAUAUGCAACUGUGCGAUAGAUCGGAUAAUGAACCGCUUGUCGGCGCUCAAGAGGUAUCCAAAUCAGUCCAAAGCACCGUAUCACAGAUCUUGAAUACGCUGAUGAUGUAG